GCGUCAAGCGUGUGCGUACGCUGUGUACGGAAGCGCAGCAGCAGCAGCAGCAGCAGCAGCAGCGUGCUCGGUGCUGUGAAGUGAAAUGUUCAAACACGUUUUUCUGACAGGACCUCCAGGUGUGGGGAAAACCACCCUGGUGCAGAAGGUCUGCGAGGCUUUAGUGUCAUCAGGAGUGGGAGUUGAAGGGUUUUACACAGAGGAGGUCAGGGAGGCAGGCCGGAGAGUCGGCUUUGAUGUAGUCACAGUGACAGGAGAGAGGGGCCACCUGUCCAGAAUCAGAGAUGUCGCCGGUUCAUCUCAUGGCAGACGGGAAUACACAGUUGGGCAGUACGUGGUUGACUUGCCCUCGUUUGAAAGCCUGGCUCUCCCCCUUUUCACAAAUGUGGGGUCAGCCGAUGCAGGCGGCAGGAAAGUGUUUGUCAUUGACGAGAUUGGCAAAAUGGAGCUCUUCAGCCAGUCGUUCAUUAGGUCUGUGAGGCAGACUUUAGAUAGCUCUUCCUACACCAUCCUGGGCACCAUCCCCAUCCCCAAGGGCAAACCACUGGGUCUCGUUGAAGAGGUGCGGAGCCGGAGGGAUGUCAAAGUCUUUACGCUGUCAAAGGAAAACAGAAACUCUAUCCUACAAGACAUUUUAGCGGCACUACGAAACUGUCUCAAACAAACAUCCUAGUAUGAAGAUUCAGAGGAAAAAACGCUGCAGGUGGAGUGUUUUUUUUUUUGUUUUUUUUUGCUGACAGCAUUUUUUCCGUUUGUGUCGAUGCAUUUACAGCACAUGCAGCCAGAGUAUGGAGUGGAUCCACUCACGCUAUAUAACAGGGUUGUGACCUAACCUGAAGGGCAUAGCGAGCUGCUGGAAGAGUUAGUGUGUCACAUGCAUGUAUUAUGUACACUUUUUUUUUCUUCCUUAUGCAGCCUUAAAAUGGAUUGCAUGCUGAAUAAUUGAUUGUGAGAUGGAACACAGCGAGGGAAUUGUUCAGUUAGUGUGUAAAUACCCCGUGCUGUCAGAGUCAAAGACCGCUAGUCCUGAAAACGGCUCUGUUUUAUUUUUCAUUCAGCGGGUUGUUCUUACUCUGCGGCAGGCAUUUCUCACGUAUUCAUUUAUUACAUUAAUUUGUCGACGAGAAUAAGCGGUGGUUAAUUCAUUUUAAUUCAUUUAUUUUGUUGCCUUGUGAGCCGCACUUUUGUUUGUCUUGUCAACCUGAGGAUGUGCUCAUUGAAAAUCAAUCAAUAUUUAACAGUGCAACUACGUCCAAUCCUUUCAUGGUUUAUUCAUCCACCUGAAUGAACAACAACAACAAAAAAAGGAAAAAUAAACCGUUUUUGUCUUCUAUCAGUGA